GUGGGCUGGUGUCUGACUUCCCACAGGCUCUGCUGAUCCUGCCUUCUGUAGCUACUAGAUGACGGUCGUCCCUGGCAAAAAGCUUGUAUCGAACAGAGCUAAGUCUGCUUCUAAAAUCAGCCUCUCUUCUACAAGGAAACUAUUUUCUCAAGAGCAGGAUUGUAUUGCAAAAGUGAUCUCAAAGCUGAUACGGCUGAUGAGAAAAUAAUCUAGAAAUAUUUUGCCCGUUUCUCUUGUUUUCCUUCUCAUGCAAACAAGUCGUUGGAACUAAUGUUCAGGGGGAAAAAAAAAAACAAUUUCUGCAGGUGUGGCCACAUCCAUUUAUCCAAGCUUUCUGUUUGUCACUGUCCUUUUCAUAACUUGGUGCCUGCCCAAGAAAGCAAUUAGCAAAAUAGAAUGAGCUUAUUACUACAUGACUGUGGAGUGCUGGGUGCUGGCUUGGUUUGCUCAGAGUCUAUAGCGGGGUGCAGGGCAGGAAGACCACCGCUGAGUUUCAGCACUUGCUGGAAAUGUGGUUUGUGGGGUAAGCAAGUUGAUGCCUUAAGGCAAGGGUGAGCUGUGUCUUGUGCAAAGGGUCUCUCAGGUCCUGAGCCUUUGGGGCACCUCUCCUGAUGCCUUCAAACCUAGUGCUAUGUGCAUACGAGUGGGGAGACUUUCUGUGUGCACGUGUGUGUGCCAUGUAAACAUUCUGGCAGUCCCCCUUCGACUAAGCUCUGCAGGUUUCCACAUUUCUGAGUCAGUAGCUGGUCAUACAUCUUCUAUGUGUGAUGUGCCUGUUUCUUUUGAGCUGACACAUCUUUGGAAAAGAGCGGUUUCAAGAAAGGCAACUGGCUGGCUGCUGUUUAGCCACUGGGGUUGUCUUAGGAGCGGGACUUGACGGCCGAGGGCCGAGCCUGGUGAGGAACAGCAACCCCAUCUCAGGUCCAGACACACUCCUGAAGGACUGAGCUGGGGAGCAGCCUGUUCUGAAAACCCACCCUUGUUCCCAUCCUCACAGGAGGAGCCUGGGACUGGGGGCUGUGGAUAUAAAUGGGAGAAGCAUGGACUAUAUCAUAAGGUGCUCUGUAAUCACUACCCCAGGAAAAGGGACUACAAGUUGGGAUCACCCUUGAAUUGAGAUGGAAGAUGGUGUUUUCCGCAGAUGAUGAUACUUCAUAGCUUUUUUUUUUUUCUUUCAAUUGGAGAUUUCCUUGAAAAUUGCCUUUGUUGGUAAAGGAGAUGGCCCAUUGAGAAAUCUUUCUUCCCUCCUAUGCGUAGUGGGGAGAUAUAAGGGAUAGCAAUCUCCAGGGAACUUCCCAAAUGCAAAAUACUUAAACUCAUAGGAUGAUUUCUGAUUGGUCCCCUGACCUCCCAGCUUAAACUUCGAGAACCUGAACACUGGGUCUCCUCACUUGCUGUUUUGUAUGUGAAUCAGAGUAAAGAUCUUACCUGGUCCGGCAGAAUGUCACUACCACAAGAAUGCUUUAGAUUUUUAACCAAAAUUAACGGAUUCGUUCCGUCAAAAGGGAAAUCCCAUUUUAUUCACGUCACAGCAAACAGUCUCUGAAUCACCCAAUCUUCUCAGAUUUAGGGCUGGGGAGACUUGUCUGUGAAUUGGCUGUGAUCCUGUUAAAGGCAGUGGGCAGGGAUAAUAGCAUCUGCUAGACAUUAACACAUGGAUGAGGCCCUGGGGCACAGUAGAAAAGGCAGGAGUUAAAUACCAAGCAACCAGGGCUAAGUCCCUUCAUUGCUCUAUGCCCGAUGCCGUCUCUAAAAGGGAAAUAAAGGGACCCACUUGCAGGAUGUUGAGAAUUAAACGUGAUAAUCAAAGUUCAUUGCAAAGCUUGCUGCAUAAUAGAUGCCAUCCAUUUUUGAGUCCCAGGCCCCAUGGUCUUCCUUGGAUAUUUAGGUAUCAUGUAUUUAUUAUGUUAUCUUAGGCAGUGAGUGGUUUCCUCAAACGCAUUAUAGUAUCACUAGAAACUUGUUACACUUAAAGUUUGAGGAGGAAAAGAUGUCAGAAUGACUGUGAGUUUGUGUUUUCCUUUCUUUUUUAUGUUGUGGGCAAUCCUGUUACUCUGUAGCCUGUUGAGGAAAAGUUGUGGCUGAGAACUUCAUAUCGUAUUGAAUCGACAAAGUCCAGAACGAAUAACUUGUGUCUAUCCCUAUCAAAGCCAAAUAAAUCCAAAGGAUCCAAACCGUCCCCUUCAGAGUCAUUUCAGAGCUUUCUUUUAGAACCAUUCCUGGGCUGCUUCCAGGAUGGACCAUCCCACUGGGAGGAUGAGCAUCGUCCUCCCAGCCUUGCCUUGACACUGCUUCUCCGCACAGGACGGUUCUGGGCUUGGAACCCCUCUGGCCCUACCACACGCCUACACGUGAUACUGGGACUUCCUUUAUCGUCCUGAGCCUCAGUUUCCUCGUUUGUAAAGCAGGCAAAGAAGGACAUCCAGCAUGCCAUGCACAAGGUGGUGAUGACAGUGACGAUGGUGGUGAUACCAGGGUUGACGUGGACUGUACUUACUGCGUCCAAGGCAUUAUCUAAGCACAUCAUAUAAAACAACCUAUUAGACAUAGGGCAAAUCAACAACAAGCAGCCAACAAGAAUUAGUUCUCAGCCCCCAAGCCGAUCUCUUUAUCCGUUACCUAGAGAGUUGGAGCCCAAAUACUUACUUGAAAUUAGCACCAGCCACCCCCUCAAACACAAACACACUUUCAUCUAAACUCUCAGUGGCUUCCUGGGACCUAUCAGGCUCCAGUAUUCUGACCCCUGCCUGGCCUUCCUGAGUGACCCCAAACUCCCUCUUGCCUGGUCUCCAGCCACAGGCCUUCUUGGUUCCUCAGUCUUCUCCCUCUGACCACAGGUUUUGGGGAUGUGUCUCCUGUUUGCCCCCUUCUUUGCUAGUUCUAGUCGUCAACCUCCAGCUGAAGCUGAGGAGCCACCCUUGACCUUGAUCUGACCGUAGCUCUUGAAGAACUGGAUUUCUAUCCCUCAGAGCCCCUUUCCUGGUUUGCCAGUAUGACUAGAUGGAUGUAACUGUUUUGUUGGAAUCUGUCUCCUUUCUGGACUGAAAGCUUCAUGAGAGCAAGACUGACCCAUGUGUCAUUUUGCUUUCUGUUGUACCCCCAGCACUGGACAAUACCAAGUACGUUAUAGGCACCCCAUGUAUUUUUAUUGAAUGAAAAGAUGACAAACACCAAGGCUGUUAUAUGGAUAAAUCUUAAAAACACAUGGGAAACCUUCUGCAAAGCAUUAAUUCAUAUGUGAAUGCUCAUUGUUUCAACCAUUGUGGGUGGGGGGCUUUUGGUGGCCAUACUUGAGCACCAUGCUUUUACUACCAUCCUCCACUUUAGGUUGAAGUAGGAAGAUACAACCAGGGGAAAAAAGGGCAACUAAAUAAUGCUGAUGCACAAAGAGCACACACAGGGACUUGAGAAGGCAACUGGACUGUAUUCCUUCCUCUGUGGACCUCAUUAAGUGGGCACACAGCUCCCUUCUCCUGAUAGGAAGGAAUUCAUCCAGCACAAUGGCUUCAGGACUAGAGGAACAACACCCAAUCACAGCCAAAAAGAAACCAAGCCAGACAGGACAGAGGAAGAGGCUGGGAGACCCACAGAAGGAGGGGCCGGUGAGGUGUGAGGGACUUGUGUGGUGUUCUUGGUGGGCUCUAACGUGGCCCCUGAUGUGGGAUGGCCUUUCUGUAGGUUGUCUGACACAUGAGGAGGAGGCACAUUUUUCUUCCCAAAGGGCAGAGUGCCUCCCCAGAUGCCACUUCCUUUCCCUGAGUUGUCGGCUGUGUUUACAGGCUGCAAACCCUCUUCGUCCUUCAAACCUCAGUUUUGAGUCACAUCUUUCUAGGAAGACUUCCUUAGCAACUCCAAGGAUGGAGGUGUCGUUAUGAGUCACAUAAACCACAACCAUAGUGGGAAGGAGACCUGAGAAGCAGCAGCAGCGGUAGCACCGCAAAGCCUGUGGAUCGCGCACUGCACACCGAGGGCUCUGCCUGUAUCAUCUCUUCAGCUCCUCACACAACCCCUUGCAUCAGCGGCCGUUAUGUCCAUGGUGUAGAUGAGGAAACUGACACAUACCUCCUUGUCCAGAGCCAUGGUUAGGAAAGGAGCAGAGCCAAGACUCAAGUCCAAACUAUUGGAAUCUUGCCCCUUACACUGCACUUGACCUUUAGAGGAUCAGGUGAGAAGAGCCUUUGGGUUAUAGUGAAAACGGUUCAUGUCCACAUCUGUCCCCUGGGGGCCAGAGUCAGCUCAGGAGCCAAGAUUCUCUUCUGUUCAUCUCCAAACUCUGCAGCCUGGUUAGGACAGAGCUUAGCUGAGUAGAUGCUUGAGAAAUUCUUCUUAAAAGAGGGGCCGCAUGGCCAAUGAAUGUACAAAUGUAUCUGUCUUCUUUCAAUAACGUUCUUUCAGGAGAAGGAAGCUUCUGAAAGCAGGCUGUCUUCCAGUGACUCAGAAACAGGACUGCUGGAAGUCUAUACACACACAGAGGAAAAAAAUACACAUUUUCUAACUCUUUAAUUUUAGAAGUAAGCCAUGCAGUGAUUUUUCUUUGUCUUCUGGGCACAAUUCCACUGUGUGUGUACAGGGAUGUGGGCACAGGUGUGUAUGUGUAUUCCUGCAUCAGUCCGUGAAGUGGGUCUGUUACUAUCCUCAUGGGUAAACACGAGGGAAGCAGGACACAGAGAAGUUAGGUACUUUGUCCAAGGUCACACAGCUGUCGGGUAUAAGGGCUGGGAUUAGAAUCAUGCAGCCUGGUUCCAAGGUACAUACUAAGAAAGGCUUGUGCUAUAUUUUGCACCUUUUUCCAUAUUUAUGGAAUGCUUAUAUUUCAUGUUUUUGGAAAUCUCUUCUCAGACCCCUUAGCAUAUUUAGAACCAACCCACUCUUUGGGUCCUCAUCAAAUGCACGUCCUCCCACAGCAUUCCCUGACGACUCAGUUUCUCCUUGUUACAAACACACACCUGCAUGUUGAGGCUUUCCCAAACGCACGUGGUGGUGCUCUGUGACGGUGAAAUAACAUGACACCACCUGAAGGGGUUCUUGUGAGGAUUCAGUGAGACCGAACCUUUCACGGUUUGACAUUGCUUUCUAUUUAAAAUGUGUUUUACAUUUUUAUGUACGAGAGAUGCACUGUCUCUGCCUCAUCUAAGUAUGGCCAACCCUUCCCCCGUCCCCUCCUCCAGCCCCAAGCCCUGCCCGUGGCCCCUCCCCCACCCUCUGUCACCACCGUGUGUCUUCCCCACAACAGCAUCAUGUACAGUGGUCCACGGACAGACUGUAAGCUGUCCACCUCCCGGUCCUGUAUCCCCCCUCCCCACUCCUCUUUUCAGAAAAAUCCCUUGAAAGGGUCCUUCGCGCAGUCACUGUGUUGUUUCCUCCAGUUUGCUCUUUGCAUCGCUCCACCUGCCAGCUCUUAUGCGGGUCACCUCACUGCUGAACUUAAUUGUCCUCCACCAGGCCUCCUCUUCAGCUCUCAGCACUGCUGGAAAGAUGCUCCUGCCUCCCUCUCCAAAGAGUGUCUUGUCUUGGCCUCAAGACCCACACUUUCUCUCUGUUUCCUUCUCCCUUGCUGCCUAGCCCUUCUCAGCCCCUCCCCCCUUCUUUAUUGCCUUCCUGACCUUCCCACAUGAGUAUUAGAGCCCAGGGCUCGGUCUUCUCCUUAUUCUAGGCUUGCUCCUUAUUGACCUCAUGGUCUUAAACGCCACCUAUUCAAUGUAUAUUUCCAGCUCUAACCUCCCCUAAAGUGCAGACUUGUACACCUGACUGCCUACCCCAUACUCUCACUUGCAUGGGUCACACAGCAAAGAGAACUCUUGAUUUCCUCUCAAGAAAAACCUGUUUGUCCAGCAUUCUUCUCCAGCUCAGUAAAUGAGAACUUCCUCCUCCUCCUUACUCAAGCCAAAAACCUUGGAAUCCUCUUUGAUUUCCUCCUGUCUCCCACAUCCUUCUUCUAAGGCUACAAUACAUUCACUUAAAUGCCUAAAAAUUACCCAGGAUGCCAUCACAUCUUAUCACAUCCGUCACUCAAAUGUCUCUUCAGCAGAGGUUUCCUGGCCUUCCUAUCCAAAAUCUCUCUCUCUCACCCCAGUGUUCAUAGCAGUAUUAUUUAGAGUUGCCAAGACAUGGAGCCAACCUAAGUGUUCAUCAACAGAUGAUGAAUAAAGGAGAUCUGGCGUACAUGCACAAUGGACUACUAUUCAGCCAUAAAAAAUGAAAUCUUGCCGUUUAAAACAACAUGAAUGGACUUGGAGGGUAUUAUGCUAAGUAAAAUAAAUCAGACAGUGAAAAAAAUACUAUAUGAUAUCAUGUAGAAUCUAAAAAAUCAUGGAAUCUAAAAAAUUACAACAAACUAGUUAACAUAAAAAAGAAACAGACUCACAGAUCUAGAGAACAAGCUAGUGGUUACCAGAGGGGGGAGGGGCAAUAGAGGGGUAGGGAAUUAAGAGAUGCAAACUAUUGGGAGUUUCCAGUGUGGUUCAGUGGGUUCAGGACCUGGUGUUGUCUCUGUGAGGAUGUGGGUUCAAUCCCUGGCCUCUUUCAGUGGGUUAAGCAUCCGGCAUUUCCACAAGCUGGCAGUGUAGGUGGCAGAUGUGGCUUAUAUCCAGCGUUGUUGUAGCUGUGGCCCAGGCCAGCAGCUGCAGCUCUGAUUCAACCCCUAGCCCAGCAACUUCAACUUCCAUAUGCCCCCAGGUGCUGCCAUUAAAAGAGAGAGAUGCAAAUUAUUAUGUAUUAAAAAAGCUACAAAGUUGUAUUGUACAACCCAGGAAUGCAGCCAAUAUUUUAUAACUAUAAAUGGAGUAUAAUCUUUAAAAAUUGUGAAUCACUGUAUUAUACACCUGUAAUUUACAUAAUAUUGCACGUCAACUUACUUCAAUAGAAAGAAAAUAAGAUUAUGAUGUAGCUAAAUGAGAAAUUCUCUCUCACACACGCAUUCCCCAGUUACUCUUACCCUGCUUUAUUUUUAUUCCAGAGCACUUAACCUUGACCUGAUGUGUUAAAUAUCCAUUUACUUAUUUCCAUGCUAUACAUUGAAAGCUACAUGAAAGCAGAGACUUCCUCUGUUUUGUUCAGUCCUCAGUCUCCAGGACCUAGAACAAUUUCUAGCACACCACAAACAUGGCAUAGUUGCUUAUUGAAUGAAUGGAUAUGAAUGAACAUUUAUAGGACGUCUUAGUGAUAAAGCAAACCUGAGUUCCAAUCUCAACACCGAUAAUUACCUGCUGGGUGACCUUCAGUUACGUGGUAUAUUUUCUUCUCCAGUAACAACAUACCAACGCAUUAGUAUGAGGGUGAAAAAAUAAUGUCGGGAAAGCACACACGUAAUGCCUGUGAAUAGUCAGUGAAUUGAACCUCAUUUGCCAUGACAAUCUCAUAUAGGCAUUAAUUGUUCCAUGCGGACUGAAAUUUUUGACUCUCUGCAUAGUUAGCUUUGACUGCGGGUUUGUUAUGUGCCAGACCCUGUGCUAAACACUUGAUAGUUACUUCCUCACAAAAAUCUCACAAGUAUCGUUGUGUCCCCAUUUUAUAGAUGAAGAAAUCAGGCGCUGAGUAGGAACUUACACCGAACCAUACAGCUAAUGUGUGUUAGAGCAGAGUUUGCAAACAGACUGCCUGUCUCAGGCAUCCGGGAUCCUAGCAGCCACAUGCUACUGCCUACAAUUUUCAGGCAUUGUUCUCAGCACGUGGAAAUGGAAAGGACUUAUCCAUAUUUUAAGAAACUACGGUCCGAAAAGCAUAGGCACACAGCUCUAACAGGAGGUUUUAACCCUGCCUGGGCACGAGAAUCAGCUGCGGCAAAGGCACACAGCUGUCUCCACUUCAGACUCCCUGGAAGCAUGCGCCAGGAAUCCUGGUUUUGAAGGUUCCCCCAGGUGAGUGCUAUGAGCAGUCAGAGGCAGGAACCUGAGUCUGUGCUAAACAGCCAUCAUGGCUGAGGAGUAGGGGGGAGAGCUCUGGAGAAAAAGAGUGGGCAGUGGCAAAUCCCUUUGAAAUGACAGACGACAGCCCUGACGCUGAGAAGAGGUUGCUUGUGGUCAAGACAUCUCGAGGAGAAGUGGCUGUUCCGGGAAAUUCAAGGCUCGGACCAUGGUGCAGUCCCACUGGCUCCCCUGCCCCCCUCUCCUGUGACACUGGCUGCGGGGAGGGAUCAUGGAUACUUGUCUGCCGGCUUCUGGUUCCCACGCAAGUAAGCCUGCUGUCAAUGGAGGAGGACAUUGAUACCCGCAAAAUCAACAACAGUUUCCUGCGCGACCACAGCUAUGCGACCGAAGCUGACAUCAUCUCUGCGGUAGAAUUCAACCACACGGGAGAAUUACUAGCGACAGGGGACAAGGGGGGUCGGGUUGUAAUAUUUCAACGAGAGCAGGAGAGUAAAAAUCAGGUCCAUCGCAGGGGUGAAUACAAUGUUUACAGCACAUUCCAGAGCCAUGAACCCGAGUUCGAUUACCUGAAGAGUUUAGAAAUCGAAGAAAAAAUCAAUAAAAUAAGAUGGCUCCCUCAGCAGAAUGCAGCCUACUUCCUUCUGUCUACUAAUGAUAAAACUGUGAAGCUGUGGAAAGUCAGCGAGCGUGAUAAGAGGCCAGAAGGCUACAAUCUGAAAGAUGAGGAGGGCCGGCUGCGGGAUCCUGCCACCAUCACAACCUUGCGGGUGCCUGUCCUGAGACCCAUGGACCUGAUGGUGGAAGCGACCCCGCGAAGAGUAUUUGCCAAUGCACACACAUACCACAUCAACUCCAUAUCCGUCAACAGCGACUAUGAAACCUACAUGUCAGCUGACGACCUGAGGAUUAACCUGUGGAACUUUGAGAUAACCAAUCAGAGUUUUAACAUCGUGGACAUCAAGCCCGCCAACAUGGAGGAGCUCACGGAGGUGAUCACGGCGGCCGAGUUCCACCCCCAUCACUGCAACACCUUCGUGUACAGCAGCAGCAAAGGGACAAUCCGGCUGUGCGACAUGCGGGCGUCAGCCCUGUGUGACAGGCACACCAAAUUUUUUGAAGAGCCGGAAGAUCCAAGCAACAGGUCGUUUUUCUCUGAAAUUAUCUCUUCGAUUUCGGAUGUGAAGUUCAGCCACAGUGGGAGGUAUAUCAUGACCAGAGACUAUCUGACCGUCAAAGUUUGGGAUCUCAACAUGGAAAACCGCCCCAUCGAGACUUACCAGGUUCACGACUACCUCCGCAGCAAGCUGUGCUCCCUCUAUGAAAAUGACUGCAUUUUUGAUAAAUUUGAGUGCGUGUGGAAUGGGUCAGACAGUGUCAUCAUGACGGGCUCCUACAACAACUUCUUCAGGAUGUUUGACCGAAACACCAAGCGUGAUGUCACCCUUGAGGCCUCAAGGGAAAACAGUAAACCCCGGGCGAUCCUAAAGCCACGCAAGGUGUGCGUGGGGGGCAAGCGGAGGAAGGACGAGAUCAGUGUCGACAGCCUGGACUUUAGCAAAAAGAUCUUGCAUACAGCUUGGCACCCCUCAGAAAAUAUCAUAGCAGUGGCGGCUACAAACAACCUCUAUAUAUUCCAGGACAAGGUCAACUAGAAGGACGCGUUAGUACUUAAUAAUCUCACACACUGAAUACUAGUCAAAACACUUUUUAAAUGUUUCUUUGGGUGUUCGUUUGAUGCAGCGACAUUCAUUUCCCUACACAGGAAACAACUGGAAUAGAACUCAUUGGAUUCCGACUUUCCCAAAUCCUCAGUUCUAAGAAACUUUUUGUCAAACCCAGUAGGUUCUGGGACACUCCUUCCUGUUUAGAAUUGAGAGCUGCCAGCUAACCGUAAUUCUUCCAUAGUUGACUUGAAUUUCUGAUGCUUUUAUUGCCCCGUUUUUCUCUGGUGGGUCCCGUGUUUUGUUUAUAGGUGUCUGCUGAGAUAAAAAAUGAGGUUGUCUGUAGUAUUUAAAGAGAAAAGAGAUAAGUUUUUUUUUUAAUUAAGCAAUUCCACUUGAUUGAAAAAAAUUCAACGAAAAAAUAAAACACCGUUUACUCUAAGA